GGGCCGGCGGCUCCGGGGGCGGGCUGGCCGUGCCCGCCCGGUCGCCAUGGAACUUUCCCCAGAGCCCGGCGAUUUUCCUCGAGCCUGGGACGACGAUUCGGACCCGGAGCCGGAGCCGGAGCCGGACCCGGACGCGCAGGCCGAAGCGUACGUGGCCCGCGUGCUGAGCCCGCUGCAGCCCCGGGCCGCGCCCCCGUGCGCCUCGCUGCUGUCCAGGCCCGCCGCGUCCGCGGGCGCCCUGGAGCCCCGGGCCGCCGCCAAGUUCCCUCCGGUGGGAAGGCCGGGCCUGCUGAGCCUCCCUCCGGAGCUGUUACUCGAGAUCUGCGCCUACCUGGACGCGCGCCUCGUGCUGCACGUCCUGUCGCGCGUGUGUCACGCGCUGCGCGACCUGGUGUGUGACCAUGUCACCUGGAGGCUGCGCGCGCGGCGCCGCGUGCGCGCGCCCUACCCAGUAGUGGAAGAGGAGGACUUCGACUGGCCAACGGCCUGCAUUGAACUGGAGCACCACCUGGCCUGCUGGGCGGAGGACGGGCGUCGGGCUGAGUACUUCUGCCUGGCUGACGGGCACAUUGCAUCCAUUGACUCAGUGCUGCUGCUCCAGGGUGGGACGCUCUGUUUGUCUGGCUCUCGAGAUCGCAAUGUCAACCUGUGGGACCUGCGGCGGCUAGGGGAGGAGCCUAGCCGGGUCCUGGUCAAGUCCUUGGGCACAGAGAAGAACAGCACACACAAGGGCUGGGUGUGGUCGCUGGCGGCACAGGACCACCACGUGUGCUCUGGCUCCUGGGACAGCACGGUGAAGCUGUGGGACAUGGCGGCCGAAGGGCAGCAGUUUGGAGAGAUAAAGGGAAAGGCAGCCGUGCUGUGCCUUGACUACCGCCCUGACAUCUUGGUGGCCGGGACCUAUGACCGGAAGGUGGCCCUCUACGACCCCCGAGGCCCGGCCACUCCAGCCGUGUGUCUGCGUCCUGCGCAGAUGGACUCCUACCUGCUCUGCAUGUCGUACCAGCAGCCCCAGCUCUGGGCCGGCGACAACCUGGGCCAGCUGCAAGUCUUCGCCAACCGCCAUGGCUGCUUCCAGCUUGUCCGGUCCUUCAAUGUGGGCCAUAAGUCGCACAUCACAGGGAUCAAACACUCUCUGGGAGCCUUGUACACCACGUCCAUCGACAAGACCAUCCGGGUCCACGUGCCCACGGACCCGCCCUGGACCAUCUGCACCCGCAGCCACCACAGAGUCCUGAAUGGGAUUUGUGCUGAGGGCAACGUGGUGGUGGCCGCCUCGGAGGACUCCUCGCUGGAGGUCUGGAGGCUGCAGGCCUGAGCAGGACCCCGUGGCUGUUGGUGUGCACUGCCCACCCAGGCAAGCCUGGCCUCUUCCUGGGGACCUCCCCCACUGGUGCUGCCUCUGCCCUGCCCCACAGGCCUGGGCACGGAGUCCCGGGCCUGGCUCGGUGGGUCCCGUGCUGGCCCCCACUUGGCCACCUCAGGGACCUGCCGCCCACCCUGCACCUUGUAUGUCGUUUUGUGGAAAGGGUCUCACUGUGUAGCCAGGCUGCCUCCCGCUUGUGGCUCCUGGCCGCUGGGAUGCCAGGUGGGUGCUACCGUGCCCGGCCGGGGCCCUGGUUCUGUUAGUGUUUGGAAACUCCUCUCUGGUGACGGUGAGGAGGAAUAAACCUGUGGAGUGU